AUGACUCAGUAUAUGAGGAAUAAUAUGCACAAGAAGGUAGUUGAUCUUAUACAAGAAGGCAUCUGGAGCAUUCAACAAGAGCUGCAACAAUUAUUUCAAUCUUUCAGCUUACCUUACAUUGGAGGAGGACAAGAUAAGCUCUUCUGGACUGGCACUUUGAAUGGUAAGUUCUCUACUUCUUCAGCUAUUACCAUGAUAAGACAUAAAGAACCCAAAAUGCAUUGCUCUACAAAAAUAUGGAAUUCUUGUUUGCAUCCAAGCACCUCAAGUAAUAUUUGGAAAAUAGUACAGGGAGUUUUUAUAGAUGAUUCAGUUAUGGUUGAUAGAGAUUACAGCCUAGCAUCAAGAUGUUGUAUCUGUGAAAAUGAGCAAGACAGCAUGAAUCAUCUUCUACGGCACUGUAGUUUUAGUGUCAAAAUUUGGAUAUGGAUUUGCUCUAUUUUUGGUUUCAGUUUGCCUGUAACUUUUGAUGAUAUUUGGACAAGGGCCAGGAAUUGUAGUCCUCUAAUUAGAGAGACUUGGAUAACUGCAGCUUGUUCAGUUAUUAAGGAAUUGUGGUUUCAAAAAAAUGAAAGACUCUUUGAAGACAUAAAACCAAAUGAGAAACAGUUCAAAUCCAAAAUAAAGAAGAUGAUUCUUGAGGGUGGAUACAGGAUGAAAAGCAACAAGUGGAACCAGAAUUAUGAUCUGCAAAUAAUUAAUUUUUUAAUCUUGGUGCAAAGAGCACCUGGUUUUGGUGUUGUUGUGAGAGAUCAUACAAGUCAAGUUCUUGGAAUAUUAUCUGGGAGUAUAGGCAUUGGUACAAAUUACAUUGCACAAGUGUAUGGAGUGGGGAAGGUUCCUUGGCUUAUUGACAUGAGAUGGAGGAAAGCAACAAGUAAAAUUGCUUCUAUCAUAUACAUGCACAGUUUUAGAGAAACUAAUUUUUCUGCUGAUUCUGCAGCUAAAAGAGGUUCCACUUUAGCAGCUGGUGAAAGGCAUAUCAUCAUGGGAAGACCUUCAUUCUUAACUAGAAUAGAACUUCCAUAG